AGUAAAUAGUUUCAAGUCAGUCGCAUUUGGUGCGUGCUAGCACAUGGUUAGACCAAAACAAAUUGCCUAAUCUUAAUUGAACUGUGUGCGCAACCUUUACUUGAUUUCUAACUUCGAAUUACUUGAAGUAAAUUACAUGGAAAAGCCAAGAAGAAAUUAAAUCAGCAUUAUACAAAAUAUAGUAUUAUAAUUAUAAACAUAACAGCUUUAAAAUGGCAGUACAAAGUAAACUUAUGGAGGCAGCAAUUAACUGUAGCUGUCAAGAAUAUCUUCAUCCUUGGACUUCUAGCUGUGCCAGUGGCUCAGCCGGCAUAAUACUCUCCGCCUUGCCCUAUUCAUUACGCACAUACACCAUGGUCUAUUUAUUGGCACUGUUAUUGAGAAGACGCAUUCCCACACUCCAAGACCUCAAACGCACAAUAAUUGGAAUUUUGAAAUCAUCAGCUUUCCUAACAACAAACACAUUUGGAGUAAACUUUUUUAUUUGUUUAAUGCGCCUGCUACUGGGUCGUUUCUACUUCUGGACAAUCGCGUAUAUUCCCGCCUUUAUAGCCAGUUUUGUUGCACUGUUAGUCGAGCGACCAGAGCGUCGUACUUCAUUGACUCUAUAUGUGGCAAAUGUGUCAACAGAAUCACUGUGGAAAAUGCUCGAGGCACGCGGCAUUGUUCGCUCCAUUCCCAAUGGACAGGUUCUAGUUCUUGGCUGCAGUGUGACUGCCUUGCUCUACAUGUAUCGACUUGGUAUCCACAGAACCAAGCUAAAGGAUUCUGCUUUUAAGGCACUACAAUUGCUAAUUGGCAAGGAGGAGGAGGGUCCAAUCGAGAGCUCCACUGCGGCAGGAACCACACAAAGCUCGUUGGAGCAACCUUUGAAUUUGAGGAAAAUCUCCGCUUAUGUACAAAUCUACACACACCUGCUUAGCAUUAAACAUUCAAGCUGUCCACAUCGAAAAGGAUGUAGUUCCCAUGUUUUGAUGGGUGGACUGAAGCCAUUUAUUGGCGGAGUGGGAGCUCAAGUCGGUCUCAAGCUUCUGUUAAAUCUGCGAAAGAUAUUCAAAUUGAAGCUGGAUUGGCGAAAACAAAUAUUCAAUAAACAAAACCUAAGCCUGGGAUUGGCCUUGGGAAGUUUCUCCCUGAGCUAUAAGUUAAUUUCAUGUGCUCUUCGCCAAAUCUGCGGCUAUGACAGCGCCUUCUUUGCGAUACCUGCUGGACUUUUGGGUUCAAUUGGACUCCUGCACUUCCCUAACACAACAAUUGCAUUGUACGUAAUGUGGAGAACUCUUCACUUACUCUAUAAUUGGGGACGGGAGGAGGGAGUGCUGCCAAAAGUACCUCACUUUGUGAUAAUGCUUUACUCCGCUUGCACUGCGUUAAUCUUUCACAGUGCAAUCGUAGAGCCCAAAUCACUGCGAAGCAGUUAUUACAAAUUUGGAUCGGAUAUAUCAGGAGAAAGAAUAUAUCGCUUCAAUGUGAGUCCAUUUGAUGCCUACGGAUUUGGCACACAAAGUCAAGCUGAGAGUGUGAUUAAAAAACUCAAAAUUGAUCUGAGCCAAAAACUGCCCAAGAUUCCAUUGGUAGUUUAAAUAUACUUAUUGCUUUUCAACAACUGCAAGCUGACGUACGCACACUUAAUACUCUGAAUUAAAUAAUGAAAAUGUUA